AUGGCAGCAACAACAGCAGCAGCAGCAACAGACUCGGCGGCGACUGCUGCUCCCCAAGCCUCGACUGUUACACCCUCCACAUCUACUGCUCCCUCUGUGAAUACUGUUCCGAAUUCAGAAACAUCGCCACAGUCGCCAACCACGUCGUCCAGCAGCGCCCAGGCUCAGGCUCAAGCGCAAGCUCAGGCCCAGGCUCAGGCUCAAGCGCAAGCUCAGGCCCAGGCUCAGGCCCAAGCCGCCGCCGCCGUGGCCGUGGUCGGCAACCAGAAUAAUUCCACUGGCAGUGCCGGAGUGGAAGAUUUUCAAUGCAUGUGGCAGGGGUGUUCAGAGCGAUGUGCCAAUCCCGAAGUGCUUUAUGAGCACGUCUGUGAGAAGCACGUUGGUCGCAAGUCUACCAAUAAUCUGAAUUUGACCUGCCAAUGGGGAAACUGUCGGACUACGACGGUCAAGCGAGAUCACAUCACCUCGCACAUCCGGGUCCAUGUGCCGUUGAAGCCACACAAGUGCGAUCUCUGUGGAAAAGCGUUCAAGCGACCCCAGGAUCUGAAAAAGCACGUCAAGACGCAUGCUGAUGACUCGGUCCUCCUGCGGUCGCCUGGCCCAGCUGAUGUAAGAGGCCAGGAACUGCCUUAUGGUAUGGUCAACAACCCCAAAGGAUUUCCUGCUGGAGGCCAUUAUUUUGAGCAACCCAUGAAUCCCGUGCACGCUGGUCAAGGCUACCAUCAACCUGCUCAAUAUUACCAAGGACAACCACAUCCACAACCACCAAAUGCAGCUUACGGAAACGUCUACUACGCGUUGAAUCAAGGUGACAACCAUACUACAUAUGAUUCUCGGAAGCGCAUUUUCGACUCGGUCAAUGCAUUCUUUGGGGACACCAAACGCCGACAAUUCGACCCCACGUCGUAUGCGGCUAUUGGGCAGCGUCUUGGCGGCCUACAGGGCUUGCAGCUGCCUCUCACCACUGGUCCUACCCACGACCUCCACGGAAUGGGUGGCGCCGUCGCGGUAGGACCGGACGGCGGUUACGGACCAGCUUUGGCGACACAGGCUUACCAUCUCCCGCCAAUGUCCAACGCUCGCACUAAGAAUGACUUGAUUGACCUUGAUCGCAUGCUUGAUACUAUCCACACAACUGUUUACGAAAAUGAUGACCAUGUGGCGGCUGCAGGUAUCGCCCAGCCUGGGGCCACAUACAUACAUCGCAUGGGCCACGGUACAACACACCAGAUGCCGCCUAUAACACUUCCCUCUAGUCACGCUACAGCAACGACUAGCAACAUGUCAAAUACUUCUGUUAUAGCUUCAACGUCGCCCAGCUCGACGCCAGCAUUGACGCCGCCGUCGAGUGCUGUGUCUUACGUGUCCAGCCACUCACCCAGCUCUUACACGCACCGCGUCUCUCCCCCUCAUCAGGAUGACAUGGCCAUGUAUCCACGCCUGCCUUCAACGGCCGCUCACGAAGUGGCUGGUGGUUACACCGCGUCGGCCAAUGCAGCACCUCCAUCGACUCUCAGUAAUAGUUUCGACUAUAACGACCGACGGCGGUGGACGGGCGGUGUUUUGGAGAGAAGCCGACCGGACGAUUAUCCCAAGUCACCUACCGAUGAUAUUAUGGAAGAUGGCGAGCGGACGCCCACGAGGAAGGUAGCUCCCGGAGAAACGAACCGAGAGCGCGAUGAGAAGUUCCAUAGUGGUUUGAUUGAUCCAGCCCUACAAGAAGAGGCUGCUUCUUCUUCUUCUUCACCGGAUCCCGAAGCAGCCAAGCGCACGGCGCAAGCGGCGACGGAAGCGGCGCGGAAGGCCGAAGAGGAAUGGCUGGAAAAUGUCCGAAUCCUGGAACAGUUGCGGGCCUAUGUUAAGGACCGACUGUCCCGCGGUGACUACGAUGAAGAAGCUUUCCCAUCUGCCUCUCCAGCAGCAACCGUGACAAACGCGGAGGAUCGUAUGGAAGGCGUUGAACAUAGUGAAGAAGCGAAUUUUUCAAAAGAAGUCAACAAAACAGCAGACACGACAAACCCAUCAUCGUUAACCUCAUCAGCGACACAGUCACAAAGUCUAUAUCCAAUCCUGAAGGGGGUAGACGAUGACGAAAGCGUGAAAAUGGACUAA